AUGGCCAUGACCUUAAAUCCGACUCAGAUGUCGUCCAAUUGCCUUGGCUGUGUGCAUGUGUCCCUUACCAUUGUCUUCCUUCCUUCCCGUAUUUUCUUCAUGCCGUGUGAGAAUCCCGAAAACUCUGUGGAUUCUGAUCGGUGUGGGCGUGUGCGUGUGGCGGUUCAUAGCGAGGCAGUACCAGUGGCAGGGGGAGCGGCGGGGGGAGCUGAGACAAUGGUGCUCUCAGCGGGCCAUAAUGCUGGAGCAACAACUGCUGGCGCACACAGGGCAGACGCAGGUGGAGGUGAGGCAAUGGUGCUCGUAGCGAGCCAUAAUGCUGGAGCAGCAGCUGCUGGCGCACACAGGGCAGACGCAGGCUUGGUGGCAUCCCUGGGUCACAUGGCGGAGGAUGACCAAUGGGCGCUGGACACGUGUCUCUCUGAGAGGCGCUGGAUGGCGUAUCUCAGCCAAACCACGUCCACCCGCCCGGGAGGCGUUGGGGCGUUUGCAUGUCUUUAUGUCACGCACGCUCACAGGCGUGUUUUUGAGCGGCGAAACAACGCCUCCAUCACCGAUGCGCUCACCGCCCGGCCACGCACGCCUGCUCCGAUUUACUGCCCCAAGGUCUUGGACGUAGGCAGCGAGUCAGGGGCAGCUCCUCUCCUCUCAGACGCCCUGCAGGCCUUCCCCUCGGAGCUUGCUCUCGUGCGUGCCUCUGCCAAAGAGACGUUCACGCUGCCCUACGCCACGACUGCCACUAGCACUGCUGGCCUGGGGGUGGUGUUUCCAGUGCUGUGGCGGCCUCCUUCCUUAUCCCCCUCGCAGCAGCAGCAGCAGCAGCAGGCACAGGCAGCAGUGGUGGGAGCAGUGACCACCACCGUCAACCUAACUGCUGUCGUUCAGAGCGUGCUCUCAGAGAUCUUCUCGUCUUCCACCCCAUCUGCACGCUCAGACCGAUCUUUCGAGCUCUACGACACGACAGACCCCUCCUCUCCGCUCAUGCUUGCCGGCACCACGCCGCUGCUCUUCCAGCCGCAGCCAGGCCAGCCACUCGCCCCUCUGCUGCUGCUGCCCCCCUCGGUGCUGCGCGUGUGGGAGAAGCGGGCAAUCGUGAACCUCACGCUGCCAAGUGCUGGGCCCAGGCGCUACCAAGUGUGGUGCAGGUUCACGGAGCCCCCAUCUCGGUUUGAAGAAUAUGUGAUGCCGACCCUCUUCACCCUGCUCGUGCUGGCACUGGUAGCGCUGGUGGCGGUGGUGGCAUGCCUGCAGCGGCGGCAGUACGAGCAGAGCCGGCGGGCAGCGGUAGAGGCGGAUGCGAUGAGGGGGGAAGCGGAGGGGGCGGAGAGGAGCAAGAGCUGCUUUGUCGCCAGCAUGACUCAUGAACUGCGCACUCCCAUGCUUGGCAUCAUCGGCAUGCUGGACGUGCUCUCAGACUCGUGCCUGUCGGACAACCAGCUGUCCGAUCUAAGCAUGGCCCGCUCGUCCGCCCUGAAGGUGCUGAAGCUGGUGAACCAGGUGCUGGACCUCUCCAAGCUGGAGGCGGGGCGGCUGCAGCUGGAGACGGGCGGGUUUGACGUGCGCGCGUGGGUGGAAGGGGAGGUGGCUCGACGAUGGGUGGAGGCUCAAGAGAGGAAUGUGCACUUGGCAGCAGUGGUGGAUGCCAGUGUGCCGCAGCAGCUGGUGGGAGAUCAGCUGCGCCUCGCCCAAGCUCUCUCGCAAGUCAUGGACUAUGCCUUGUCAUUCACGCCGCACGGGGGCUACGUGCUGGUUCGGGUGGCUGUGGCCGAUGUUGACGUGCCCUUGACUCAGCUGGCUCAGUGGAACGCGUCCUAUGCAGCAGUUAGCAGCGCGAGGGUGACUACACUGAUAGACUCAGACGGUGUGACUAUAAAAGGGGAUGCUGACACAGCAGCAGUGGCGGCUUGUGUUGCUGGUAGUGCUGGGCUGUGCAGUGAAGAGCAGAAGCUUUGUCCACCUAUGCCUGCACGCAAUAGGCUCAAUACGCGAAAACGGCCAGGAUAUGGCAGCAGUAUUGUGUGUGACAGUAGAGGAGUAGGACAGUGCAACCUUCGUGGUCCCUGCAUAUGUGGUAACUGUACAGGCGACAUGCAUGGUAACCGUACUAUGGGUGGUCGUAAUAGCCAUACAGUCAUUGUGGAUGGUGACUGUGACUACAGAGGGGGGAGUAGAGCAGCAGCAGGCGGGGCGAUGCAGCUGGUGGUGACGUGUGAGCAUAGUGGGUGUGACAACAGUGAGACCAUGAAUGGAUUCACGUUCCGAUUUGAGGAGAUGCGUAGCCUACAGGAGGGAGCUGAGGAAGCUGCUGCGAAGCUCAGCCUCGUGUUGGCUAAGCAACUGUCAAGCCUUCCUUCAACAGCCCUCCACCAGAUCAACCUGUCCCAUACGAACCUGCCUGUUUCAAAAGCCGUUUUUCCCGCUGCCGCUCCUGCUGCUGCUGUGGCUGAAGCUGGGUUGGUGGACUUCUCGGACCUUUCGGGAGUGGUGGUGGUGGUGGCGGAUGGCCAGCCAGAGAGAGCCAAGGUAAGGUCAGUCAGGAGCUGCGGGGGCGAGGAUGGUGUGCCCGAGAGCAGGGGGAGUGGCGCGACUGCAGGUGGAGAAGCAGAGGAGGAAGUAGCAGCCGUUCACCGUGGGCGAGGUGGAAUCGCUGGUGGCUGCUGUGGAGGAGAGGAGAUGAACAUUGGAUUGGCAGGAGCAUCCGUGAUGCUGGCAAACGAUGAACAGGAAGCAGCUCGCUUCUUAGCCAGUGUAUCUGGUGACUCUAUUCCAACAGCCAACAUCCCCCAUCUCACCCUCGCCUCUCCCCUGUGUGUCUACUCUCUCCCCCACUCCCGUCACCAGCUGACUGCCCGUGUGUUGACGCACCUAGGAGCAUCCCUAACUGCCCGUGUGUUGACACACCUAGGAGCAUCUGUGCUGCUGGCGAACGACGAACAGGCAGCAGCUUCCUUCUUAGCCGGUGUCUUGAGUGCCUCUAUUCCAUCAGCCAACCAUUCCCCCACCUCGCCUCUGACCUGUGUGUCUACUGUCUCCCUCCCUCCCCUCCACCAGCUAACUGCCCGUGUGUUGACACACCUAGGAGCGUCCGUGCUGCUGGCGAAUGGUGAACAGGCAGCAGCUUCCUUCAUAGCCGGUUUUCAGGCUUGCCACCGGCAGUCUUCCCAUUCCCACUCGCGCCUGCGCUUUGCUAAAUUGUGUGGGAAGAAGCUGGUGGUGGUAGUGAGUGGGGAGGCUGGCCUGAAGAGCCUGGCCCUGUCUGGCAUAGUGGUGCUUGUAGAGAAAGGGGGGUGUAGUGAAGGGGUCGGAGAGGGCACGGAAAAUAGAAGGGGAGUUGUUGGUGGUGGAGAUAGAGGGGAGGAGCAGGGGGUAGGCAUGGCAGAUGGACAGAGACGUGCUAAUGACACUCAACAGUCGCCUCAUCAAAGGCAGAGCGAUCUCGAAGAGGCGGACAUGCAUGGGGCUACUUUUGAGUCGACUCAAAACGAGUCAGCUCAAAAGUCGCCUCAUCACAGGCAGAGUAAUCUCGAAGACGCGGACAUGCAUGGGGCUUUUAGGGAGGAGGGGGUGGGUGGCCUUGGCGUGAUUCGACUUGAAGGAAAUCUCGAGGAGGAGGGAGGUGAAGGCACUCACCAGGGAGUCCAUGUGGGUGGCAUUGGCAUGGUUCCAGUGGUGCUGUGUCAGCAGCCUCUCUUCUCCCACCACCUGCUCUCUGCCAUUCAGACCAUUAUCCUGUAUCAGCACCACCAGCACCACCCACCUGCUCCCCACCUAGCAGCGGCUCAUCCUGUAAUCACCACUGCUACUGCCUCUGCAACUGCCACUGCCACUGCUACUGCUGGAUGUCCUACACCACCACAUGCAACAGCCGCUGCUGCUACUGUUGUGUCUGCUGCUACAGCUGUGUCUGCUGCUAUCCCCGCUGAUGCUUCCAGUGGUGCGGGGCUUGGCAGUUCUGAUGCCAAUUGCAAAAAGAGGGUUUCAUUUGUGGACGGGGAGAGACGAGGGGGAGGGUCAGCAGCGAGUGGGGGAGCUGCAGGAAUGGGAGCAAAGGAGGGAAAGGGGACAGCAGGAGAGGGAGCAACCGCAGCAGGAGGAGGGGGUGCGGCAGCGGCAGGAGGAGGAGGGGGAGAAGGGAUGAGUCUGCUGGCUGGGUUGAGAAUCAUGGUGGUGGACGAUGCGGCGGUGAAUCUGCUGGUGGCGCGCCGCACUCUCACUCGCAGCGGUGCCACCGUCGCCACCGCAGGCAGCGGGGAGGAGGCAGUGCGGCACGUCAAGCACGCCAUGGGGGGAGGCAGGGCACAACCCGUGGAGCCCGCCUUGGGGCCCGCUGUACAGGCAGUGGAUGUGGUUCUCAUGGACCUGCAGAUGCCCCUCAUGGACGGGUUCGCAGCCACAGCGUCCAUACGAGCACACGAGCAAGCCCUGCUUCUUCAUCCCACAUCACCGCCAGAAGCCACAGCCAGAGCAGCAACAGCAGAUGCACAAUCAUGCACACAAGCAUCAAUCACCCCCGCCAUCCCUCGGCUACUCAUAGUGGCGCUCACAGCCGAUGUGGAUGGCUCUCCCUUCUCCCCUUUUCCUCUCCUCUCCCCUCUCUCCCCUUCCUCCUCUCCCCCCUCUCCCCUUCCUCCUCUUCCCCCUCUCCCCUUCCUCCUCUCCCCUCCCCCGGCUCCCCGAUUCCCUCUUCCCUCCCCCAUCCCCUCUCCCCCCUCUUCUCUCCCCUCCCCCUCUCUCCGCCUCGUCGAACCGCCUCCUCUCGUCACUCCUCCUCUUUCGCUCCCUUCCUCAAUUAUUUUUUCUCAGCGUUUCGUGCUGUUCCUGCCGCCAAUGGCUCUUGUCCCAUGCAGAUGA